UCAAACUUCUAGGUUAUGUGAAAUAGAUACAAACAAACUUUUCAACAAUUCCUGUAUUUGUACUAAGCAGAGAUCUGGCAAGUCGAGAAAUCUUUGUGGCCAUAUGCUUCAAAAGUAGUUGUUACAGUGAUGGAUCCUUUUAUUAAAAUUGAACCAGACGAAGAAGAAAAAAUAAAUUUGACCAUCGAAAGAAAAAUGUUUAUAAAUAAUGAUACUUUCGCAAUUAUAAAAGAAGAACAGACGAUUACGACCAGUGUAGAAUAUUGUAGAGACAAGUGCAAUGACGACAAAAUGCAGCAACAAUCUUUCUCGUCAGAUAUUAAAUCUUCUACUGACAAAUUUAAAUGUAAAGUUUGUGGUGUCAUGGUGGAUAAUGAACAAAAUUUUAAAAGACACCAUCUGUUAACACAGAACGAUAAGAAAGAUUUUAAAUGUGACCUUUGUGAUCAUACCACAAACUGCAAGAACCGUUUGAAAAAACAUCUCCCAACUCACAAUUUUGUUUCUCAUUUUUUUAGAUGUGCAAAUUGUAAUUAUGCAACAAAUGUUAAAAAAGCUUUUACAGGACAUGUCUUACAACACAGAACCUUUAAAGAUUUUAAAUGUGACAUUUGUGAGUAUGCAACAAAUCGUAAAGGCAGUUUGAGGCAACAUCUCUUAACACACAAUAAUGAAAAGAAAGAUUUUAAAUGUGAAAUUUGCGAUUAUGCAUCAAAUCGUAAAGGCAGUUUGAAGCAGCACCUCUUAAUACACAGUGAAAAGAAAGACUUUAAAUGCAACAUUUGUGAUUAUGCAACAAACAAUAAAAACUCUUUAACAUCCCAUUUUCGAACACACAGUGGAUGUAAAGAUUUUAAAUGUAACAUUUGUGAUUAUGCAACAACCCACAAAAGCUCCUUAAGAUCACAUUUACGAACACAUAAUGGAUCUAAAGAUUUUAAAUGUGACAUUUGUAAUUAUGCAACAAACCACAAAAGCUCCUUAACAUCACAUCUUCGCAGGCACAAUGGAUUUAAUAGUUUUAAAUGUGACAUUUGUAAUUAUGCAACAAACUAUAAAAGCUCCUUAAUAUCACAUUUUCGAAUGCACAAUGGAUCUGAAGAUUUUAAAUGUGACAUUUGUGGUUAUGCAACAAACAAUAAAAACUCCUUAACAUCGCACCUUCUAAAACACGAUGAAUCUAAUGCUUUUAAAUGUGACAUUUGCAAUUAUGCCAUGGGCACUAAAGGUAAUUUGAAAAGACAUCUCUUAACUCACGAUGAUAAGAAAUAUUUUAAAUGUGAUAUUUGCGAUCAUACCACAAACCGCAAAGACAGUCUGAAAACGCAUCUACUAACCCACAAUGCUACCCUUCUUUUUAAAUGUGCAAAUUGCGAUUAUGCAACAAAUGUUAAGAGAGGCUUGAAAGAACACGUCUUACAACACCGAACCUUUAAAGAUUUUAAAUGUGACAUUUGUGAUUAUGCAACAAACCAUAAAAGCUCCUUAACAUCACAUCUUCUAAAACACAUGGGAUCUAAAGUUUUUAAAUGUGACAUUUGUGAUUUUGCAACUAACUAUAAAAGGUCAUUAACAUUACAUCUUCUAAAACAUACUGGAUUUAAAUGUGAUCUUUGCGAUUAUGAAACAAAUCGUAAGUGCCAAUUGAAAAAACAUCUUUUAACACAUAACCAGUCUUGAAUGUAACUUUUGUGAUUAUGCCAUUUGUACUAAAGGUAAUUUGUAAUAUUGCACGUAACAUCUAGAUCAAGGCAAUAACCUUCAUAUCGCGUAUGUGCACAUGGUUUGUGGGUACAUUUUAAGUUUGCCUCAUCUUGUAUAUUCCAUGUGUCUAAAGUACGUUAAUAACUGUGCCUAACUGUACUGUGCAUGUAUAAAAUACUAAUAGCGUUU